AUGGAAGAUCUUGAUCAACUUCUGACUGAGCUACAACAUGUUAGCCAACGAACAAGAAAUGUUUAUGAAAAUCAUGAAAGUGAAACUCGAUUGGAACCUAUUGUACUUAAUCGAAAUCCACCUGCACAUCGAACUCAAACACUGAAUUUAAUUCGGCCUGAUUCCAUACUCGAACCAGAUCCAAUUCCACCUAAGAGUGUCGCUGAACUUGAUCAACUUCUUGAAGCACUUAGUAAAGCAAAAGAAACAAUGAGAAAAGAAAUGCAAAAAGAUCAAACAGCACGAACAGCAAAUUCUACCCCGACAAAGUCGAUCAAUGGUGCAGACGAGUCUUCCCAGAAAAAUGCUAAAUCAAUUGAUGAUUUAAUUGACAGUUUGAAUGAUACAACUGAAACAAUCAAAUCAAAUUCAAGAAAAAAAUCUUCCUCCACGAAACAUACAUCGAAAAAGUCUUCGGCAACAAAAGAAUUGGAGAAUCUUAUGGAAUCAUUGAGUAAUUUCAAAUUUUCACCACAGGCAUCCCAAGCACAUAUUCCACCGUGUUUAUCGCCAACAUCUGACCAGAUCGCAACGAAAAAGACAUCAUCCAUUUCACAACAAUAUCCAAUCUCAAAAAAUUACGUCAUCACCGUACUUGAUCGUUCCUAUCAUCCCGAACAUUUGCGUUGUACAGCAUGUAACAUCGAAAUUGGUCGCAAAGAUUUCUAUGAAAAAUCUGGCAAACCUUAUUGUGAACAUGACUAUCGACGUUUGUUUGCGCCAAAAUGCACUCGUUGCGAUCAACCCAUUAUUGAUGUGAUGAUAACGGCCUUGAAUCGCAAUUGGCACCCAGAACAUUUUCUUUGUGAACUAUGCCAACGGCGAGUCGGUGAAGAUGGUUAUCAUGAAAAAGAUGGCUAUGCUUAUUGUCGGGAAUGCUAUAUGAACAAUUUCGUUCCCAAAUGUCUUGGCUGCAAACAGACGAUUGUUGACACUUAUAUUCAAGCCCUUGGUGGUCAUUAUCAUAAGAAUUGUUUUGUUUGUCAAGAAUGCUCACAGCCAUUUCUAACUGGUUCAUUCUAUGAACACGAUCAUCAGCCUUUAUGUGAAUUACAUUAUCAUCAACGGCGUGGAUCACUUUGUUCAUCGUGUCAGAAACCCAUUGGUGGUCGAUGUAUAACUGCCAUGGCAUCGAAUACCAAAAUGCAACCAAUGAUCAUUAUUCUCAAAGAAGGUACCGAUUCGGCUCAAGGCAAAUCGCAAGUUUUAUCGAACAUCAAUGCUUGUCAAGCCAUUGGUGAAGCUAUUCGUACAACCUUAGGUCCACGUGGUAUGGAUAAAUUGAUUGUUGAUAAUCGUGGCAAAGCAACAAUCUCGAAUGAUGGUGCAACGAUUCUUAAACUAUUGGAAGUUGUUCAUCCAGCAGCACGUACACUUGUGGACAUUGCUAAAUCGCAGGAUGCUGAAGUUGGCGAUGGAACAACAUCUGUUGUUUUAUUGACAAGUGAAAUCUUGAAAAAUGCUCGAACGUUCGUUGAAGAUGGAAUGCAUCCGACAAUUAUUAUUCGUGCUAUUCGAAAAGCAACAGCAUUGGCAACGAAGAAAAUCCGAGAAAUCGCAAUUAAUGUUAAAAAGGAUGAUGUCAAAGAACAACGCGCUCUAUUGGAAAAAUGUGCACGAACAACAUUAAGUUCCAAAUUGAUUGCACGACAACGUGAUUUUUUUGCCAAGAUGGUCGUCGAUGCUGUUCUUAUGUUAGAUGAACUACUUCCAUUGAACAUGAUUGGAAUGAAGAAAGUAACCGGUGGUUCACUCGAGGAAUCGCGUCUUGUUGACGGUGUUGCAUUUAAAAAAACAUUCUCGUAUGCUGGUUUCGAAAUGCAACAAAAGAAAUACUUAAAGCCGAAAAUAGCUUUACUCAAUAUUGAAUUGGAACUUAAAGCUGAACGUGACAAUGCUGAAAUCCGUUUAGACAAUGUUGCUGAAUAUCAAAAAAUUGUCGAUGCUGAAUGGUCAAUUCUCUACAGUAAACUCGAAAAACUUCAUGCGGCUGGCGUUAAUGUUGUUCUUUCUAAAUUACCAAUUGGUGAUGUCGCAACGCAAUACUUUGCUGACCGAGACAUGUUUUGUGCUGGUCGUGUGCAAGACGAUGAUCUUAAACGUACGCAAAAAGCUUGCGGUGGUGCAAUAAUAACAACAGUCGAAAAUCUGGAUGAUAAAACUCAACAAGUAUUAGGUACAUGUGAAGUUUUAGAAGAGAUUCAAAUUGGCUCGGAACGUUAUAACUUUUUUACUGGUUGUCCCAAAGCUAAAACGGCAACAAUGAUUUUACGUGGUGGUGCCGAACAGUUCAUUGAUGAAGUUGAACGGUCAUUACAUGAUGCAAUCAUGAUUGUUCGACGUGCGGUGAAGAAUGAUUCGAUUGUUGCUGGUGGUGGUGCAAUUGAAAUGGCUUUAAGUCGUACUUUACGCGAAUACAGUCGAACAGUAGCCGGUAAAGAACAGUUAAUUAUCGCUGCAUAUGCUAAAGCAUUCGAGGUUAUACCAAGACAGUUAUGUGAAAAUGCUGGUUUUGAUGCAACAAAUAUUUUAAACAAACUUCGACAAAAACAUGCUGAAAACAACACUUGGUUCGGUGUUGAUAUUAUGCAUGAAGAUGUUACAGACAAUCUCGCUGCUGCAGUCUGGGAACCUGCUGUUGUGAAAAUCAAUGCUAUAACAGCAGCAAGUGAAGCUGCUUGUUUAAUCUUAAGUGUUGAUGAAACAAUUAAAGUACCUAAAUCAUCAGCUGAACCAUCGAAUGCUGCUCGUGCCAUGAAUAUGGUCUAA